UGAAUACGUGAAGUUUCCCGGAGUAAACAAAAGUGCAGCCCAGGCCCACGAGUUGUGCAGGAGAAGUUUUAAACACGGCCAAGUGGCCUGGCCGGGAAAUGAAAAAGAAAACAAAUGCCUGAAAGACUUUCACUCCUCCAGUGCAUUUUGGCUGGGCAUCUGGCCUGAUUUUAAGGCCCGAGUAUGGAAUAACCCCGACUUGCAACCAAUAGCGUGGCAAAACUUUGCGCUGGGUCAGCCUGACUCUCACUUCACCCAAUGUGGAGAAAUGCUGCACGGUGGAAAUGGCAAAUGGGAUGACGUUGACUGCAAUGCUGAAAAACCAUUUAUAUGCCAAAGAGCGGUAAUGUGUCAUGUGACCCCACCUAAGUUUGGCAAUGCAAGCAGCCGAUUUGUCCACUAUCCUGACAGUGUACAGUACACAUGUGAUACUGGAUACUGGCUGGAUGGACCGACAACAGCAAACUGUACAUCCGAUGGAACGUUGACUACAACACCUAAGUGCAAGGUUACAUCAUGUGAUGUCAUACCACCUGUUCAUGGCAGUGCUAGCAGUCUAUCUAUCCACUAUCCUGACAGUGUAGUGUACACAUGUGAUACUGGAUACUCGCUGGAUGGACCCACAACAGCAAACUGUACAUCGGAUGGAACAUUGACUGCAACACCACAGUGCAAGAAUCUGGACUUUGAAUGUGAAGGGCAGAGGUUCAAAGUCGCUGUCAAUCUCACCCGUACUAGCUUUCGCAAGGCUCAGAGAUUCUGCAGGCAAAAUGAGAUGAAGUUGCUAAGAACUCGCUUGCACGAGAAAUUCACCCAGUGUUCCUCGUACAUGGAUGUACUGGGGCGUGCAGCUGUUGACACCGUCUGGAUGAGAACAGUUAGGACACGUUCAAGGUCGACCCCUUCGAUCAUGUAUGACAUCAUCAGUAGAGAGCUGACGAGCGUGCCAGAUGCCACAGCAACGUUUGCCUUCAUAUGUACUCGCAGAGUAUAACUGGUCUGACUGCAAUCCCCUACGGACGUUGGAGGAGGAAAUAAGCUUGAUGGAGGGAGUACAACAGGUAUACCGGGUCAAGGUGCUGAUGCAAGUGUCGCCAAGCCUGACAACCGUCUAAAAUCCGGUACCCCAGUGUCGGCAUGUGCAUCGACCGUUUUCCCGAUGCGUGUUGCACAAAACCCUUCUCGAAUCUUUGUUUUUCUCUUUUUUACGAUUUCUGUUGUGGUCUUCCUUUGUUAUUGUGCAUUGUUUCUAUCGGUUUACACCGAUUGAAUAAAGUGUCU